GUGGUGGUCGACACUAGGCAAAGCAGCGUGUGCUCGUGGCCGGUGGGACCUGGCUGGGCAGCCAAAUGGGGAAACCACCCUCGGCCGACUGCGAGGGGCUGCGCGCGGCGCCGCUUCCCCGGAGCGUGCAGCGGCCCCGGGUGCGCGGAGCCCCCGGGUCCGCCCCGGGUCCCCCCAGGGCGGCCGCGGAGGGGGUGCGGGAAACCGCGGGGCUGGCGAGCGCGCUCCAGGCGGAACCAGGAAGCGGCGCGCGCUGGCGCGGGGCGCGCUCCGGGGGGCGGGCGGCGCGCUCGGCCGCUGUGGGCGCGCGAGCGGCGCGCGCGCCCCCGUGGGCCCCGGCGCUGGGAGAGUCGGCGCUCGGAGCCGUCACCCGGGCGAGGAUCCUGCGCAGGCGGCUGCGUGCGGCGCCCCGGCCGAGAGAGGGAGCGAGCGAGAGGCGGGCGGGAGGCAGCCGCUGGCGCCCGAGGGGCCGAGCGAGGUUCUUUUUGUGACUCAAAGGUCCACCAAAGUUGGAUAUAACGCACAACUUUUGAACAUCCACCAUGCGCUGAGCACUGUGUUGAGGAAUCCAAGUCAGUGCACGGCAGCUCCUGCCCUGGGGCCACUCGCGGUGCGGUUAAGCAACAGAUGCCGUUUCCCGAGGAAUGUAGCUGACGUGUGAGUGACCUGGAAACUGGUAGGGAUGUAGCUUCUUCCCACAUGGGUUGUGCAUACCGCUAAACGGAUUUCAACACAGAUCGAAAACAUUUUCACCCUUGUGAUUUUGGGAAAACUUCAAAUUACUGAAAAAUUGAAAGAAUUAGAACAAAGAAAACUCAUGUACACCUUGCGUAGACUGAUCAGUUGUUGACACUUGUUACAUUCAGGGGGUGCCUCCUUCUCCCCUUCUCCUUUGAAAAUUGUAAGCAUGGCUGUGUGGAUGCAGGCCCAGCAGCUGCAAGGGGAUGCCCUGCGCCAGAUGCAGGGGCUGUAUGGCCAGCACUUCCCCAUCGAGGUCCGCCACUACUUAUCCCAGUGGAUCGAAAGCCAGGCCUGGGACUCAAUAGAUAUUGAUAAUCCACAGGAGAACAUUAAGGCCACCCAGCUCCUGGAGGGCCUGGUGCAGGAGCUGCAGAAGAAGGCCGAGCACCAGGUGGGGGAAGACGGGUUCUUGCUGAAGAUCAAGCUGGGGCACUACGCCACGCAGCUCCAGAACACGUACGACCGCUGCCCCAUGGACCUGGUGCGCUGCAUCCGGCACAUUCUGUACAAUGAACAGAGGCUGGUCCGAGAAGCCAACAACGGUGCCUCUCCUGCUGGAACCCUGGUGGACGCCAUGUCCCAGAAACACCUGCAGAUCAACCAGACGUUUGAGGAGCUGAGACUGGUCACGCAGGACACGGAGACCGAGCUGAAGAAGCUGCAGCAGGCCCAGGAGUUUUUCAUCAUCCAGUACCAGGAGAGCCUGAGGAUCCAGGCUCAGUUUGCCCAGCUGGCCCAGCUGAACCCUCAGGAGCGUCUGAGCCGGGAGACGGCCCUCCAGCAGAAGCAGGUGUCCCUGGAGGCCUGGCUGCAGCGAGAAGCCCAGACGCUGCAGCAGUACCGGGUGGAGCUGGCCGAGAAGCACCAGAAGACCCUGCAGCUGCUGCGGAAGCAGCAGACUGUCAUUCUGGACGACGAGCUGAUCCAGUGGAAGCGGCGGCAGCAGCUGGCCGGGAACGGAGGGCCCCCUGAGGGCAGCCUGGACGUGCUGCAGUCCUGGUGUGAGAAGUUGGCUGAGAUCAUCUGGCAGAACCGGCAGCAGAUCCGCAGAGCUGAGCACCUCUGCCAGCAGCUGCCCAUCCCCGGCCCAGUGGAGGAGAUGCUGGCCGAGGUCAAUGCCACCAUCACAGACAUCAUCUCAGCCCUGGUGACCAGCACAUUCAUCAUCGAGAAGCAGCCCCCGCAGGUCCUGAAGACCCAGACCAAGUUCGCAGCCACGGUGCGGCUGCUGGUGGGCGGGAAGCUGAACGUGCACAUGAACCCCCCGCAGGUGAAGGCCACCAUCAUCAGUGAGCAGCAGGCCAAGUCGCUGCUCAAGAACGAGAACACCCGCAAUGAUUACAGUGGCGAGAUCCUGAACAACUGCUGUGUCAUGGAGUAUCACCAGGCCACCGGCACGCUCAGCGCCCACUUCAGAAACAUGUCCCUGAAACGAAUCAAGAGGUCUGAUCGUCGCGGAGCAGAGUCGGUGACAGAAGAGAAAUUCACAAUCCUGUUUGAAUCACAGUUCAGCGUUGGUGGAAAUGAGCUGGUGUUUCAAGUCAAGACCCUGUCCCUCCCGGUGGUGGUGAUCGUCCACGGCAGCCAGGACAACAACGCGACGGCCACUGUUCUGUGGGACAAUGCCUUUGCAGAGCCUGGCAGGGUGCCGUUUGCCGUGCCUGACAAAGUGCUGUGGCCGCAGCUGUGUGAGGCGCUCAACAUGAAGUUCAAGGCCGAAGUGCAGAGCAACCGGGGCCUCACCAAGGAGAACCUCGUGUUCCUGGCGCAGAAACUGUUCAGCAGCAGCAGCAACCACCUGGAGGACUACAGCGGCAUGUCCGUGUCCUGGUCCCAGUUCAACAGGGAGAAUUUACCGGGGCGGAACUACACCUUCUGGCAGUGGUUCGAUGGGGUGAUGGAAGUGUUGAAAAAACAUCUCAAGCCUCAUUGGAAUGAUGGGGCCAUCUUGGGUUUUGUGAACAAGCAACAAGCCCACGACCUGCUCAUCAACAAGCCGGAUGGGACCUUCCUGCUGAGAUUCAGUGACUCUGAAAUCGGUGGCAUCACCAUCGCCUGGAAGUUCGACUCCCAGGAAAGAAUGUUCUGGAACCUGAUGCCUUUUACCACUAGAGACUUCUCCAUCCGAUCCCUGGCCGACCGCCUGGGGGACCUGAAUUACCUCAUCUACGUGUUCCCCGACCGGCCCAAAGAUGAAGUAUACGCCAAGUACUACACCCCGGUUACAUGCGAGCCCGCCACUGCUAAAGCAGUGGACGGAUACGUGAAGCCACAGAUCAAGCAAGUGGUCCCUGAGUUUGUGACAUCUGCAGACUCCGCUGGGGGCAGUGCCACCUACAUGGACCAGGCUCCCUCCCCCGCUGUGUGUCCCCAGGCUCAUUAUAACAUGUACCCCCAGAACCCUGACCCCGUCCUCGACACCGAUGGAGACUUCGAUCUGGACGACACAAUGGACGUGGCACGCCGCGUCGAGGAACUCCUGGGACGACCCAUGGACACUCAGUGGAUCCCUCACUCACAGUCGUGACCUCGCAUCUCUGCCUCCAGCGCCUCUGUCUUUGCCAGAGGAGUUAACUCUUGUGGAUGUUUUAAUUCCAUGAAUCACUUCUCUUUGGAAACAAUACUCAUAAUGUGAAAUGUU